AUGGUGCAUCUUCUCUGUCAUCAAACGGCUUUCUGCACCUCUCAAACUAAAUGUUUUGUGGGUCUUUUCUCUGUAGCUUCAAGCACAACAGCAGCCUCCGCAAAUAGAUGCGCAGAUUACAGAACUAAUUGCUUUCAAUAUGCACCUUUCUGCACCAAUCCAAGAUACCGAGAAGUUCUCAGCAGAUAUUGCCCUCUCACUUGCAAUAUUUACCUACUUUGCACAGUCAAUCCUUUUACCAUGAUGAACUGGUAG